AUGGAAGACGUAAAGGAGCCGUCGAAGAGUGCGCUGAAGAAGGCGGAGAAGGCGGCCAAGAUGGCACAGGCCAAGGCCGACAAGGCAGCCAAGGCGACGACGGUGGCCGUUGUGGGUGGCAAGAAGACGGACGACAUUAUCGGCAUCACGGUGUCGAAGACGGACAACUUUGCCCAGUGGUACCAGGAAGUAGUGCUCAAGGCCGAGAUGAUUGAGUACUACAACGAGAUUGCCGGCUUCUACAUUUUGCGGCCGGCGUCCAUGUAUAUCUGGAACGUGAUCCGGAAGUGGUUCCAACAGCGGAUCGAGCACAUGGGCGUGGAGGAGACCAGCUUCCCAAUGUUCCUCUCGGCUAAGUCACUCGAGAAGGAAAAGGACCACGUCGAGGGCUUUGCCCCGGAGCUGGCCUGGGUGACCAAGGCCGGCGACAAGGACCUCGAGGUGCCCGUGGCCGUGCGGCCGACGUCUGAGGCGGUCAUGUACCCCUACUACUCCAAGUGGAUCCGCAGCCACCGCGAUCUGCCCCUGCGGCUGAACCAGUGGAACUCGGUUGUGCGCUGGGAGGCCAAGCAGACGACGCCGUUCCUGCGGGCGCGCGAGUUCCUCUGGCAAGAAGGCCACACGGCUCAUCUGACCGAGGAGUUGGCCGGUGAGGAGGUGCUCGAGAUCCUCGAGCUGUACGCUGGUGUCUACGAGCAACUGUUGGCGGUGCCGGUCGUGCGAGGCCGCAAGACAGAGAACGAGAAGUUUGCCGGUGGCUACUACACCACCACCGUCGAGGGCUACAUUCCAACCAACGGCCGUGGCAUCCAGGGCGCCACGUCGCACUGUCUCGGCCAGAACUUUAGCAAGAUGUUCGACAUCACCGUCGAGGACCCCCAGGUCAAGGGCCAGCAUCGCCACGUCUGGCAGAACUCGUGGGGUCUCUCGACUCGCGUCAUCGGUGUCAUGGUCAUGAUCCAUGGCGACGAUAAGGGCCUCGUCCUGCCGCCGCGUAUCGCCAAGAUCCAGGCCAUCCUUAUCCCCGUCGGCCUCAACGCUAAAAUGACUGCCGACGAGAAGGCCGCCCAUGUCGCCCGCUGCGACGAGCUCGCCGCCCAGAUCAAGGCCGCCGGCGUCCGCGUCGAGGUCGACGUUCGCGAGGGCUACACUCCCGCCUGGAAGUUUAACGACUGGGAGCUCAAGGGCGUCCCCCUGCGCCUUGAGUUCGGCCCCAAGGAUCGCGAAAAGAACGUGAUCAGCUUCGCCCGUCGCGACACUGCUGAGAAGGGCACCAUCCCCCUCGGUGCCCUCGCCACCGACAUCCCUGUCCUGCUCGAGACCAUCCAGAAGGCCAUGUACGACAAGGCUGACGCCGCCUUCACCUCCCAUCGCCUCAUCAUCAACGACUGGGCCAAGGUUCUCCCUGCCCUUGACGCCAAGAACGUCGUUCUCAUUCCCCACUGCCUCGACGGCAAGUGCGAGGACCGCCUCAAGGAUCUCACCAAGAGCGACGAGAUCAUCGAGGGCCCCGACGGCCAAAAGGCCCCCACCAUGGGCAUGAAGAGCCUGUGCAUCCCCUUCGACCAGCCGAAGGAGGGCCUCGUCCAGGGCGAGACCCAGUGCCUGAACCCCGAGUGCACUCGCAACGCCGAGAAAUGGGUCAUGUUCGGCCGCAGCUACUAA